AUGCAGUCCAAAAACAUCUUUGGUGACUUCAAAGACAUCUUAAAGAAGGCUGACAAAACUGAUUUCACACAGCUUUACUGUGAAUGUGUCAAACAUGCGUCACACAGAACCAAGGAGUACCUUGCCUUCAAAGAUCCAGAAAACACAUUUCACCCCAGCCCCACGGUCCUCAGUGACAUUUUUCAAAUGGCCUACAUUACCCGCAGUGUACAGCUUCAGCUUACAAGACACCUCAACUGCACCACAAUGACCAAGGAGCAGGUGAUUCUGCUGGGGACAGACUGGGUAUGGGCAGUCUUAUAUUUCCCAACCAAGAACCCCAAGCUUCAGAUAGCAGUGCAAGUCUUUCACCAGACCGAGGAAGAGAAUUGCGUCCCUAGCAACCAAACUCAGAUGCUGACAGAGAGUAUGGAAAUAGCCACUCUAGAAUCUUCUGAUAAAACCAAGCAAGAGAAGAUGAUUGCCUUCUGCUCCUCUGUUGGCAGGGACUGUUACGCUCUUUUCCUCUUCUUCGGUCUUCCAAAGGACCCGACUAACAUCUACGGAGUCCUCAGCAACAACUUCCAGGCGGCGUUUGGGAAAGGUGCUAAAAUUGACAGGGCCUUCAUCGAAAACUUUUUCAAAGGGUCAAUAAGCUAUAGCACUCCAGGAAAGAUGAUGCAAAGCAUUCUUAAUAACGGAAAGGAACAUGAAGAGCCAUUAACUAUGCUUGUCAAGUUUACUUAGAUCCCUGAACCUGAUACCGAAGUGUGGACUUAUUUAAAUACAAGUAAAUGACAAAACACCUAAUGAUUUAUGUCACUAAAAUAUCCUAGUCUAAUGGGUUGGGACAUCAUUUGGUUAUGGUUUCCAAUUAGAUUGCAUUUUUGCCACAUUAUGCGUUAGAUUGUUAUUGAUUAAUAGUGAGGCAUGAAAUGGAAAUUAAGAGUAUUAAUAAUGCUUUUUUCUCUCUCAGCUUUUAACAGAACAUUCCAUCUUUGGAGUAAAUACUACAGUGUUACACUGUACUGGUGUCUCUGUUGAAUCAGGCAGCAUAGUUCAUGAGAUUGCUCUCAAACAAAUCAAAUAAGAAAAUAAAAUAAUAUAUAGUGUUACUCACUUAAAUGUUCUUAAUCAUUUAGUUUUGGGGUCCUAUAUUAUAGCGAGCACCACACUUGCAGGUUAUAUACCUAUAGGUUUAAAGCAGUGGCUUCAAACUUUCUAAAAGAUGAUUAUGUGUUUUACAAGAAAAAUAACGAUUGCAGAAGUGAUAAAGAAUUAUAAAGAACACACAAAUAGAUGCAAAGAAGGAAUCGGAGGUGAAGAACACUUACAGCAUAUGCUGUUUAUCUUAAGUGCAAAGUGUCUCUGAAAUCCUGCUGCAUUUCUUAAAACAAACUUGCUCAACUAAAUAAUUGACUGACAGGGGACAUAACAUCGGGUUCCCAGACUGUUUUUGGAACUCAGAUCAAUGAUGUGCCUUGUUACUGGGUAAAUUUAUUAUUGUUGUUCAACAGCUUGUCCAAUAAAACAGCAGAAAUCAUCUUUACAAAUGUCUUGCUGUAACAUUUUUAAUGCAUUUGUUUCAUGUAAGCUUUAAGUGGUAUGCGUGUUUCUAAUAUUAAUACAUCUUUGGUUUGUAUCUGUUUUCUGUCUUGUUAAUGAUUUGUACUGGGAAAGAUUAAUAUCAACAUUAAAAGUAAUGAAAAGAA